CCGGGGGUCCCGCCUGCAGAAUGCCACCCCUCCAAAUGAAAUGGACAGUCCUCGUCCCACACCACUCCCAUAGCCCUGGCUCAAUGGCCACGUCCCUAGACUUUACCCACUACCUAAAUGGAGCCUGCGGAGGCAGAGGUAUCGGGGUUGAAGUAAUUGGAGAUACCGUUCGUUGAGUCCACACCACAGGCAUACACUUCUGACAAGCGGCUGCAAAGUCCCAUUACCCCAGAGAGAGAAGUCCUACAGAGCAAUAACUGGACCACAGCAGAGAGGGAGGGAUCUCCCACAGCUUCUCUGACACGGUUCCUCCUGAGCCACUGAAGGAGACAGGGACUGCCUGGGACCCCAGUCCGGCACCAUGGGUCGCUGGAUGCUGUUAUUGGCUUUCCUGUUGCUCCUCCAAGGCACUGCGGUGGUGGUGCUGCUCGGCUGGUACUCCGAGGGCAGCCUCUGCCGGCGGCCCCCGCCAGCCCAGGGCAAGGUCCACGUGCUGCUGGUCUCGUCCUGGCGCUCAGGCUCCUCCUUCCUGGGACAAGUCUUCAGCCAGCAUCCGUCCGUCUUCUAUCUGAUGGAGCCCGCCUGGCACGUCUGGUCCCAGCUGUCGAACUAUGGCAGACGCAAGCUGAAGAUGGCGGUGAGGGACCUGGUCCGCAGCGUGUUCCAGUGCGACCUGUCGGCGGUGGAGGCCUACCUGCCCGAGCAGCACAACGUGUCCUCGCUGUUCAUGUGGAGCCAGAGCCGGGCUCUCUGCUCCCCGCCCGCGUGUGCGCUGGCCGCCCGCGACCGCCUCAGCGACCCCAACGAAUGCCAGAAAAAGUGUGACGCCAGGGGGCUGCGGGGCGCCGAGGCGGCCUGCCGCAGCUACAGCCACGUGGUGCUGAAGGAGGUGCGCUUCUUCGAGCUGGAGUCCCUGUACCCGCUCCUGCGAGACCCCAGCCUGGACCUGCGGAUCGUCCACCUGGUGCGGGACCCGCGGGCCGUGAUGUCCUCCAGGGAGAAGAAGGCCGCCGCCUUCUACACGGACAGCGGCAUCGUGCUGGACCACGCCAAAGUCCCCGACCAGAAGCUGCAGCUGGAGGUCAUGCAAGAGGUGUGCCGCAGCCACGUGCGCAUCCACGAGCAAGCCACCCAGAAGCCCCCGGACUUCCUGAGGGGCCGCUACAAGAUGGUGCGUUAUGAGGACAUAGUGCGGAACACCCUGGUCGAGGUCAACGACCUGUACAAGUUUGUGGGACUGGAGAUGACCACGCGGGUCGGAGAAUGGAUCUACAAAGUCACCCAUGGGAAAGACUCCAAAGGGGGCAUCUUCGAGAUCGUAUCACAGAACGCCACAUACCUCUCCCAGGCAUGGCGCGCCACACUGGACCACAGCAAGGUCGUACGUAUCCAGGAGUUGUGCAAAGGUGCCAUGUCGUUGCUAGGGUACAGGAUAGUUAAUAGUGUACAAGAGCAGAAAGGUGUCAGUGUGGACCCUGUUAGCCCGAAGGGAGGGUACGAGUUUAGCUGGCUCCCUGCCAAAACAGAGACUGACAAAAGUAAAUGAAAAGAUUAGCCGCUUGGAGACCCACUGGUCUGUAGAGAGUACACACCUUUUAGGUCCUGACUAUUAGAAAAUCCUUUGGUAAAGACGACUUGAAUGACAAGAACACAAGGGUUGAUGCAAUGUUUUGUGUUGAAUUAACUGUGAACUGUCAAUGAGUGGGGCCAGUUCAUAUAGGUACGCUAUGCUAGUAUUCCUUAUUGCUUAUGUUGAGCAAUAACUAUAUCAACGUUUGGGGCUCAUGCUAAAACAUUCCAGAGGUUUGCACAACACGGACAUCUGAAUUAAAAAAGAUGCUCCACCUAGUCCUAACAGGACUAGGUGGAGAGAUUAUAUCUCAACACUGGCCUGGGAACACCUCAGGAUCCCCCCGUCAGAGCUGGUCAAUGUGGCCCGGGAAAGAGAAGUCUGGGGCCCCCUGCUUGAGCUGCUCCCCCCACGACCCGACCCCGGAUAAGCGGACGAAGAUGAGAUGAUGAGAUGCUCCUAAUUUUGAAUAUGUACAUAUUAUGUAGAAUCGACUUAAUACGUUUUUAAUCAAAGCUCUCUCGCUUAUUAUCUUUUACAAGAACAGAGAUUAUAAUAUUUAUUUGAAAGAAAAAGUAAGAGAAAACCUAUAAAAUGGAGUAACAGACAGAUACAAUUGAGGCGACCACAUUGUUUGCCAUCCAUCAAAAACCACAUCCUAGUGUUUGAAUACACUACGUGAAUAUAUUUUGCAUGAUUUAUUACAAUCUAACAAUUUAAUAGUUACUUUAUUGUUCAUGCUGCUUUUGCUAGAUGGAAAGGGGGAUCUCAAAUGCAAAUGCUUCCAAAGAUCAUCUCACGUGAUAUGUAUUGGGCUAAACCAAAUAAGUUGGGCUCCAUUGGGCUUUUAUUUAGCCUUUUGUAUUUGUCAAAUAAAUUCAAGCUCUGGGAGGUUUCAUGUAUUGCUGAAUAUGUUUAUCCAUCAUUCAGUCUUUGGUCUUAGACAUUUUGGACAAUAGUUAAAUUUCUUUGAAUAUGAAACGCAUGGUUACUUUCAAAUUGAACAGGGACAUUUUAACUUCAAUAUUACCUUGGAAUUCAACACAAAAUGUUGCCAAAGUUGCCAAUUCUUCACUGUACAGUCUAACUUUGUGGCCUUGAUAUUAAAAUAAAUAUUUUUUCUGGGGAUAAUGUUGCAUUUCAAACUUCUGUGACAGGAUGGUUUGGUUGUAAUGAAAUAUCCUAUCCUAGUUAACACUAGUAUCCUAGUGUUAUCCUAGACAAGGAUACUAGUGUAUCCUUGUCAACAAGGAUGCAAUACUAUCCUUAUCGCUUGUUGGAUACUUGCUGGGUACACACUAUUGUGUUCCCAUAACUAUCGUGUGUUUCCUGGGUAGACACUAUCGUGUGUUCCCAGCAACAGAUGAUAAUGUGACUGGGUACUUUCUACACCUCAACUACAUCUGAACUUUCUACAUCUAUACUGCAAUGUUUCCUCAUUUCUCAUUCUUAUUGAUCAUAAUUAGUUCACGUGUUUGCCUACUAAAAUUUGGGUCAAUGGACACUGAUAGAGCCACAUUGGCUAUAUUUCCAACUUCCCUAGCAAGGCUAGGCUGAGGCUAUUUAUGCUUUACUGUACUUGACUUAUGGUUGAAUAUAACAAUAAAUAAUGACUUUUUGCUGCAUAA